UUCUUGGCUCUGGGGCAGGACAUGCAUCUAAUACUAGUCUACUAGUGUACUAAUGUAGUAAUAUAUAUAUAUCCUAAAUUCCUAAUUAAUAUAAAAUAUUAAUGAUGCCCAGAUUGCCUUGUAUACCAAAGCACUUUGCUCUCUCCGCUGUUCAAGCACAAACAUCCAUCAAACUUUCUGUUCCCAGUCGCCUCCAUAACUCGCCACCCAAUGCCCAAGUCAAGCAACCAAGACUCGCCUUCCUCUGCAACUCAAUCUACCAGAAGAUCAUCAUCAUCAUGGCCCUUAAACAUUCUCUUCUUCUCAAUACUGCUUCCGGUGGCGGCUGCUGUGGUCCUCUACCAGCUUGACUCAUUCGACCCGGCUCCUCUGCCGCUUCGCGAGUUGAGUGAGCAAGUCGUGGCUGCCCGGAGUCGUAAUGCUUACAUGCUCAAAGGAUCGGAGUUUUUGGGUGUUGGGGCUUUAGUGGGGCCAGAAGACGUUGCUUACGAUUCAAAGUCGGGACUCAUUUACACGGGAUGUGCGGACGGGUGGAUCAAGCGAGUCAAGUUGAACGAGUCGGCUGCUGACUCGGUGGUGGAGAACUGGGUUAAUACCGGCGGGAGACCACUCGGACUCGCACACGGUCAUAACGGAGAGCUGUUGGUGGCGGACGGGGAAAGGGGACUACUGAGAAUAGAUGAGGAUAGAGCAGUGGAGCUGCUGACAGAUGAGGCUGAGGGUGUAAAAUUCAAGCUAACAGACUGUGUAGAUGUAGCGAAAGAUGGCAUGAUUUACUUCACAGAUGCUUCAUAUAAAAACAGCGUAGAAGACUUCAUCUGGGAGUUUCUAGAGGGCAGACCCCAUGGUAGGUUACUGAGCUACAAUCCAUCGACCAAAGAGACCAAAGUGCUUGUCCGCGAUCUCUACUUUGCUAAUGGAGUAGCAAUCUCUCCGGAUCAGAAUUAUGUGAUCUUCUGUGAAACUUUCAUGAAAAGAUGUAGGAAGUACCACCUGCAAGGCGAGAAGAAGGGGAGCAUAGAGAGCUUCAUUGACAACUUGCCGGGCUCCCCGGAUAAUAUCCGAUAUGAUGGGGAAGGCCAUUACUGGAUUGCAAUACCUAUGGGGACUUCAGCUAUUUUGAAUAAAGCACUUGGGUACCGUUUUAUCCGAAAAGGGAUGGCAAUCAUGGAGAAGUAUAUAGUGAGCAGACCAUAUAAGGAGAAGAAUUCUGGUGUAAUGGCUGUGAAUUUGGAAGGGGAACCUACUGCCCACUAUUCUGAUCCAGAUUUAUCACUCAUUACAAGUGGGAUCAAGAUCGGAAACUACCUCUAUUGCGGUUCGGUUCUCUAUCCAUACAUCAUCCGCCUUGAUCUAGAACAACAUCCUGCACAUACCACUAUAUGAGCUUUCAGGCCCCAAAAUUUUCAUGCAUAAUUAAUGUAUACUAUAUUCUGUUCUAGUUGAAUAGACAGUGCCUGUUCAAUUUGAUCUAUAGGCUGUACGUCCUUUUCCAUAUUCAGAAAUGUUGUUCCUCAAGCCGAUCUUCUUGAUUUUUCUGUAGUGACCUCCUUUAGUCACCUUCAAAUGUAACUUAGUAAUUGUUACUUUUCUCAA